AUGGCUGGAGAGCGCAUCACCUACCGCUUUACAUUCCUUGACGUGGCCGAGGACAGAAAGGUGGAUGGCGAAGCCCGUCGUGGUCGGGUCAGGAGCCUUUCCCCGCUGCGGGCAUCCGUGGCAAAGUCCGAGACACUCGAGGUGGAUGCAUGGGCACAGCGUCAUCUUCGCACGCUCCGGCAGGGGCAGGAUGCAACCGUUUGCGAUGCACCUACACAAAACCGGGGCAGCCUCGGACACCCAACGUUGUGCAGCCGCCCAUGCAUCUACUUUGCAAAGCAGGGGCAGUGCCCGAUUGGUGAGGAUUGUGGCUUCUGCCACCAUCACCACCCCAGUUCACCAAAGCCUGACAAACAUCAGCGUGAGUUGAUGAGGAUGAUGCCCAGGGCGGAGCUACUUUCUUUUCUGGCAGAGCUACUUCGGGAGCGUGCCGAGAAAGAUGAGAUCCAGGAUGGGGGCUUUGCUGUGGCGGUGGUGGCGGUCCAUGCAGGACUCAAAGGUGCUUCGACGGCUUUUUCGAAGCGGGAGUUUCGAAAGUUCCGACUCCUUCGCCAGGUGGUUGGGGCAAUGAACUUCUCCGCGAUGCUUUCGCUGACUGCGCGCCACUGUGAGGGCCGUAGCCAGGCUGUCAUACUAAGGGAGCUGAAAGCUUUGCAGAGUGCCCAGUAA